ACUGAGUAAAACAAAUGACACAGAUUUGCAACGCCUGAUUUGCAGAGCAUCCCAGAGCAACACUGAGUGCAUCUCAUGCUUACAAACCACAUUUGGUGUUUCUUGCUUGGUGGCCGAGGGGAAUAUCCUUGUGUUUUUAGUCGAGGGUAUCCGCCACGUCUGUCAUGUAAGGACCUCAGGAGGUGGUAAAGAAGAAUUUGGAUAUAUUCUUAUUAGUGUGCCAAUUCUGGCGGUUUUUUCGUCGGAGAAAUGCACGUUUGUCGUACGGUGGGAUCUCGGAGCUGUUCUCUACUG